CAACCAAAAUUCUUCAAUUCCACUUGCCGAUCGAUCAACCUCAUCCAACUAUUUUGAAGAUCGAAUGGGAUGAAGACACCAGAAAUCUUCUCAACCAUGAUUUUUUUAUUCAAUCAAUAAAUCACAAAUGGGCAUGUGGUGAAAAUAGCAAAUUUAUGAAGCAUUUGGAUAAUCUCAAAGAACUUGUCAAUUUACAGUUGAUCAUCUAUCAGAACACUGAUCAGGUAAAAGCGUGCGUGAUUUGCAUCAGAAAGUAAUCACGUAGAAGAUCUAAGCAGUAAUCCAAGGGUUCAUGGACUCUGAGAAAAGUAGUGGACCAGGAGACGCAAAAAUUGAUGGCUGCUUGCUUGUUUGCAUUCGUAUUUUGCCGGCAGAUUACACGAGUUUCUCGUUAAAAAUCGGAUCUUGUCGAGCCACUUUGGAAUUUCAGAACUUGCUCCCGCUGGAUAAUACGGAAAGGUGUGAACUUUUUCUACCUCUCUGGUUCGCUGCUGCUGUAAGAAAUAGAAGGAGACGAGCGACUAGAAAAGCCUUGAUGAAUUCUUCAGAGUUUGCUGCAGCAGCUUCUUUUCCUGCCUCCUUCUAUGGCACCUGCACAUAUGCAGCUGGGAUUGCUGGCAAUGUCUUCGCCUUCGUUUUGUUUGUCUCGCCCAUGCCAACAUUUCGACGAAUUGUGCGGAACAAGUCGACCGAGCAGUUCUCGGGGCUGCCCUACAUAUAUUCCCUCUUGAAUUGCUUGAUCUGUAUGUGGUAUGGCCUUCCUUGUGUAUCAUAUGGUGUGAUUUUAGUGGCUACUGUCAACUCCAUUGGUGCUGUUUUCCAACUUGUGUAUGUAGUCCUCUUCAUACUCCAUGUAGAUGGCUCAAAAAAGCUGAGGAUGUCCGCACUGCUUUUAGGUGUGUUUGGUGUUUUUGCCCUCAUUGCUUAUGUGAGCCUCGAGCUGCUUGACCACCCGACACGACAAGCAUUUGUUGGAUAUCUAAGUGUUGCUUCACUCAUCUCCAUGUUUGCUUCUCCAUUGCUUAUCAUUAAUUUGGUGAUCAAGACGAAGAGCGUUGAGUUCAUGCCAUUCUAUCUUUCACUCGCAACCUUCUUGAUGAGCAUCUCUUUCUUUGUGUAUGGGAUGCUACUGCAUGACUUCUUCAUAUAUAUUCCGAACGGGAUUGGCACUGUCCUGGGAAUUGUACAGUUGUCGCUGUAUGCCUACUACAGCAGAAAAUCUGUAGCAGCAUCUGGCUUGCCGUUGCUGGCUUCGUACUAAGGUUAAUUCUCGAUGAGGUUAAAUAUAAACUACUUGUCAUUUCCAUGAAUUUCUUUGUUCAUGGUUGCUGUCAAUACUUUGUAUAGUAUUGUAAGAGAUACAUUCCAGUUCCAUAUCUUUCCAAUUUUCUACCAUGCUUUGGGUUGUCUAUAUGCGAGUAUAAGCAAAAUUAAAUCAUAUGUAUCGCGCACAAUAUUGGCAUGCUGAAUUUAUUUAGUCCAAUCAUGAAUCAUUUGUAUC